CGACCGCCAUGGUUUCAUCGAGAAGCGGGGACGAGGAAAACGCACCAGAAAGUCUCAAAAAGUCAAAAUUAUCAACACACAAACAUUGUUACAUGUAUAUUACGUCUGUGAAGCACGAAAAGGUUGAUUAUUUGACCAAUACAAGAUGGAAUACGUACAGGACAAGCUUACAACGGUGGCUCGGCUUGAAGGGAGACUCUCGGAACGUGGUGGCUGAAAACCACAAGCACUGUCUUGAUUUCGAGUUCGAAGAUAUUCCUGAGGACGCUGGCUUCCACCACACAUGCUACAGAAGGUUUACUGACAAAAAGGCCAUGACGAAGGUGGAAAGACGGCUCGCACGUGAGGGAGAUCAAGACGUUAGGGAGGACCUCGAGGUCGAGCCCAUCCCAUCGACGUCUAGCAGCACGUACCGAAGCCAAACAGAGAAGCUACGAUCAAGGUCAGGCCUGCCAAUCGCAGGCUCUGGCCCCGUCCUUCCUGCCCUGUGCAUUAUAUGCAAGAUGAAGGAGAAAAUGAUCAUCAAAGCAGGCAAGCGACAAAGGGAUCAACUGUGUAAGACUGAAACAUUAUCAGCAGGCAAAUUGCAGAAAGCUGCUGAGAAGAAAGAUGACCAAAGCGUUCUUUUACAUAUAAAAGACAAAGACUGUGUGGCUCUGGAGGUGCGGUACCACAAAAGCUGUUACAGUCAGUACAUCAAGUUUUUGCUGAGACCUGACAAACCAGAGACAGAACAGGAUGAGCCAAUGUUUGAUGCCAGUUACAAGCUGUUCUGUGAGAGGAUCAUCCGCCAGAGGCUGCUUGUCAACAAUGAGGUGCUUAGAAUGGGCCAGCUGAGGAAGGCCUUCAUUGACAUGGUGAAAGCAAACGAAGGUGUUGAUGCUUCAAACUACAGUAGCAACGUGUACCACCCGUAAUCCUAGAGCCAACGAGGCGGCAGUGGAUGAAUCAACUGACCUGGAUGGAGACGAAGAGGCGGUAAACUAUGCAGCACUGAAUUACUCCACAAGAAAAGUGAAAAAAGUGAAGCAAAAGCAAGAGUUACCACAGGAGUGUGUGUACUCCGCCGUGAGAGCAAACCACACACAGCACCACGCGCUCGUGUGAGCUUUAGCUUAGCUUAAGCUUUGCAUGUUUUUAACAAAUGUUGUGCUGUUAAUUACUUUGCUUUAUAUUUUGCUUUUAAAAGCUAGUUGUUGAUGUGACAAGCACGAAAGAACACUGCUUGUUGCACAGGCAUGAGGAGGCGACUGAGAAUGCCUCAAGUUGAAAUUAAUAAACUUUUCAAACACCCGGAGAAAAAUAUGUGGGUAAUCAAU